UGUUCAUCUUCGCACACCGAGGAGUCCACAGGAAAUGGGUUACAAAGGUCUGUCCAGCGGCUCGUGUGCAACAUAACGAGGCACAUUUCUCAACAUGCUGUACAACCCUUUGCAGUCCCUCUCUCUUUUUUCUGUUUCAGCAUAUCAUACAGUAUAUUAUCUGUUUGUGUGUGUGUGUGUGUGUGUGUGUGUUUGUGUGCUGCACCCUUUCACCUGGGUGAACCUGUUACGGCUGUUGCUUUUGCCAUUUGAGUGACACCCCUACUGCUUGGUGCUAGUCACAACGGGUAUGGUAGACAUAUGAUUUUGCAUGGAAUAACAAUGUGUGUACGGUCUGUGAAUUUUGUUGCGAUUCUUCCCUGACUUUAACUGCAAACUAGGGGUUAGGGGUUAUGAUCCGGAUUUUGCGCGCGGACCUCUUUCAAUCCAAUCACACAGGAAAUGGGUAAUCUCCAUUAUUUUUUAAAUCUUAAAAAAUCAUUUUAUUUUGUUUUUUUGUUUAAAGCAGAUUCUCAUGCAGUCUAUGUUGCUCUGUCUGCAUUGUGAGCAUUAUGUCUUUUUCAUCAUCUGAAAGAGGAAUUGAGCUUAAUCCUGUCAUGCACGGAGAACCUAAUCUGCUCGCAGUGACUGCGGCCCAGUGAGAUGACAAAUACAGAAGCUUAAGGGUUUUCACAGCGAAAUGCCUGCAAAUACCUGACUGUAUAGGCAGUUUAACCAGUUUUAGUGUUUUUUUAGUGUUUGGAUCAGUGCCAGUUGUGACGGAUGUGUGAAUUAAAAAAUAUGUUAAUGCAGACUUUCAUUAACUUUUAUGUAAGAAUUCAGAUUCAUUACUUAAGCAAAGUAAAAGUAGCUGAUACAAAUAUACUCCAUUACAAGUAAAAGUCUUCCAUUGAAAAUGGCACUUAAGUAAAAUACGUAAGCGUUACCAGCAAAAAUAAAAUGUUGUCAAACAUAUGAAAGUAGUGAAGUAGAAGAAAAUAACAAAUAUAUUGGUAAUACUGGUGUAAAAUACAAGUAUCUCCUGGAUUUCAGUGAGUGCAGUGAAUCUUUCAUAAUUUAAACUGGCAAAGUUUGCAAAUUGUGUUGAUUAUUGUGCAAAAGAUUUUGUUUCUCCCUAGACAUUUGACCACAGCAGAAACCAGUGCAGAUUGACAUGGACUCUCCCGGGGGGGUUCGGAGGAGGAGGGUAGCUGCGGCGCCGACAGCAGCCCCUGACAGCGGCUACGCCUGCUUCAUCUUACUCUCCUGCUUCUUAGUCUUCGGACUGACCUUUGGGGUCAUCAAGGCCUUCGGUGUCCUCUACGUCGAGAUACACAAAUAUUUUGAAACCACAGCAACGGGAGCAUCGUGGAUCACCUCGAUCGCCGUGGCCACCAUUCACAUUGUCGCUCCUGUAGCUUCUGCUCUGAGUGCUCGCUACAGCCAUCGCUCCGUGGUGAUAGCGGGUGGACUGAUUUGCAGUUUAGGAGUCGUGAUUGGGUCUUAUGCUUCUAGCCUGACUGAACUCUACUUAACCGUGGGGUUCCUGAAUGGUUUUGGCUAUGCGUUAACCUGGACCCCCACAGUGACAAUGCUUGGCUUGUACUUUGAGAAGAGGCGUCCGAUGGCCAACGCCUUGUCCAGCGCCGGAGAGUGCAUCCUUACCUUUGUCCUCACACCCCUGUUCCAGCUGUUGAUCGACACCUACUCCUGGAGGGGUGCUCUGCUGAUCCUCGGAGGUCUGCAGCUCAACCUGUGUGUGUGCGGGAUGCUGCUGAGGCCGCGAAAAGCCACCGCAGGUAGGACCUGUGUCGGUGGCGGCGUGGCAGAGGAGACGGAGGAGCCGGGAGCCUCUGAGGGGUCCGAUCAGGGCACAGUCCAGAUAUGUCUUGAAGACCCCGGGGAGAUACCUAAUUCGGAAGACUCCAAGUGCAGGGGGACUAAGGGAGCGGAAAUAAGGACCAAAAUCCUUCGCUACGUAGAUUACACCCUCAUCACUAAUGCUCAGUUCAUGGUCUACUCCAUGUUCGGGCUGUUUGCGGCGCUGGGUUUCUUUGCUCCAGCUCUGUUCCUGGUCCCCUACGCUCGCAGUAAAGGAAUCGAGGAGUACCAGGCGGCUGCGCUCAUGUCCAUCUCUGCAGUGCUGGACCUGAGUGGCAGGGUGCUCUUCGGCUGGGUGGCAAACCUGAGACUGGUGGAGACGAUGCAGCAGCUGACGGCUACAGUGAUUCUGCUGGGCACCGUGUUACUCCUCUGCCCGCUGACCUCCUCGUUCGCGGAGCUGGCGGCCUUCAGCGCGGCCUAUGGCCUCGUGUACGGCGCCACGGUCGCCGUCCACAUCACCGUGCUGGCCGAGGUCGUGGGCGCUCACAGGCUCGGCAGCGCACUGGGGUUCUUCAUGCUCAUACGCAGCAGCGGAGGCCUGCUCGGACCGCCCGUUGCUGGAUACUUUAUUGAUCAGGGGGAAAAUUACGGGAUGGGUUUCGUCAUGGCGGGAGUGUCUCUCAUCGUCUCCGCCCUGUUCCUGCUCCUCCUCCAUCAGAUGACUCGCAGGGGUCAGGGGUCAACCGCCAAGAGUCACGAUAUGCACACGGACACAAUGGGAAGAAGCCUCGGAGGUGAUGAAGUCAAAGAGCCGGGCGUGAAAUGAAAGAUGACUUCUGUUGGAGGAUGGAGAUAGAUCUCAAGAAAUAUGGGAUGGUUUAUGAUAAAGACUAUUUUGAUGGAGAAAUUCAGGGUCAGUGGGGAAAAAAAAAAAAAUGUCAUGCAAAGAAUCAUCUGCAGGGUCAACUGGCCAUGUGGAUGGUUUGGGGUCUCUGUGCUUGCAGGAAAUUGUGCAACUAAUGAAUCGGACAGUUUGCAGACGAUCUCACACCUCACACUAUUUGUCUUUGGCCGGUGGGAGGAAGCCAGAGUACCCGGAGAGAACCCAGACAAACACGGGGAGAACUUGCAAAGGCUCUGGUUGGUUCAAACCAGGAUUUGAACCAAGAACAUUCUUGCUGUGAGUCGACAGUGCUAACCACCACAUCACCGUGCCGCCCCUUGUUUUAGUUAUUUAUUAAUAAUAGAGUCUAACCAAGUCAAUAUUGUUGUAUAACUUCGAGAUAUUGUUUGGAAGGUUUUGGAGGGGUUUUUUCUAAGUCAAGUGGAUAAAUAUUAAUGACGUGGGAAAGGUGUUGCUUUUCCCUCCAUUGAGAAACAUUAACCUCAACCACCAUUGCCCUCCGGACUCAAAAUGUGAAAUCCAAUGGAUUUCUAUCAAAAUCACAAGUUCAGAAGUUGAUUCAAAAAGGCAACAACUUCUUUUAUAUGUGCCGCGUGACAGUCAAUCUUCUCAUCCUUUAUUGCGCGAGUACCAUGCAAGGAUGAAGGCUGGGCCGCACACUGUGGCUGUGUGGCUCCCUCCAGUGAGAAGAUAAUGAUGCUGCAUUUGCAACCUCCACAGCUGCAGGGCUGCGCUGCAACGUGUAGAUGAAUGCAUGAUGCUAUACCACAGGAAAUGUGAGAAUAUCAGGGAAUUCACUUAUAAAAACAAAAUUGCAAUAAGGUGCACAGUUGUUGUUUUUGAUUAUUAAAACCUAAACAAAACAUGUGAAGUGUGCUCCUUUUAGUUUUAGCACAAGCACAAAUUUUAAUCAGCCCCACAAGGGAACUGAAGUGUUUAAUUAUGCAGCUUAAACAUCCAAAUAAGCUCUAAAUGCUUCGACGAAUUUCUCUCAGAGUUGUGUCCCGGUGUAGCACCGAGACCGAGCGAGAAUCUGCUGCAGAAUGUUUGGUAUGUGCAACCCGCGUGAAAACUAGCUUUCAUAACCCCCGGACCGAUAACGAGAGCAACCAGACAAAACAACAACCCCAUGUCAAUGCAAAUAUAACAAGAAUAAAUAAACAUGUCACUCUCGAUAA